AUGGCCUUCACACUCCACCUGAGGUCCUGUCUUUCCUCUGCCAUAAGGAGUUUGAGUCUACAGAAUAAAUCAUCCAGGAACACAGCCAACAUGGCUGGGGUUCCAGCCUCUGAGAGGUUCUGGCAGGCCAACCCCAGCCCUCUGCCCCUGCUGGGCCAGAAUGAGCCAGAAAAGUGGGUGUCACCCACCCGAGACCCAGUCCCUGACACCAGCUUGCCGGGCUGCACGGUGAUGACUGACCUAAGGGACACCGAGGCACUGACCGGCUGCCCCACCCCUGAGAGGGUCCCUGAUUCCUACUGAAUCUCUCGGCAUCCCUUGUGUGACAGCAUCAUUGGCGUCAGCUGCUUGGAAGAUACGAGGCUGGGGACCAUCAUCACUGUGAUUCCAGGCCAGCAGGGGAUCCGGUUCCUGCUCUGUGAGGAGGAGCUGCUGAAGGUCGUUCUGUCCUGUCUGUCCUACGCCCGCUCCAAGCUGGUCACCAUGGGCUUCCCCAUGCACAUCCAACACGAGCCUCCAGAGGAGACAGACGGCCCACUGGGAGCCCUGGCCCUGGGCGCCUUCCCACAGACCAGCAAGGAGGUCUCCCUGGUGGCCGACCAGAGGGCGUUGGGCUUGCACCAGAGACUCCUGGAAGACGCUGUUGAGCAAAGUGAGCGUGGCAAUGACCACAGCUCGAGGAAGGUGAGCACUAAGCACCUAUUACCUGUCCACGACCUCUUUCUUGCCACGAACAAGAUUCCUGGAAUCACUCGGCUGGUGAUCAGUGACCGAGGCAAGGAUCUUGGGAUGGGCAAAGUCCAAGAGGCUGUGAGGAGGCACAUUCGGAACGCCAUCAUCACCUGUGACGUGGAGGCUGACUGCUGUUGUUGCUGGUGUUUCCAUUGGCGAGGCUUCGCCCUGGCCUGCAUGCUGUACCUCCUGGGUGCAUGUGAGACCCAGAGCUGUUACCUGAAGGUGGUUGGGCCCUCCAGAACCCCUGAUCGGCACUGGACUCAGGCCUUCCUGUUAGUCAUGAAGGUGUGA